UUGGUGCUCUGCAUAUUUUUUUUCCACCAAAAUGGCUUCCAGCUUCUCCUCCUCUUUUUUUCUCUUAUCUUGUCUAAUUCUCUUUCCCAUCAUCAUGAUCACCCCCUCAAUAGCCAAGCCUUCUCCUUUCAAACCCAAAGCUCUCAUUCUUCCAGUGAAGAAAGACUCUUCCACCCUCCAAUACAUUGCCAAAAUCAAACAUAGAACACCUUCUGUCUCCAUUAAACUAGCACUAGAUCUCGAUGCUGAAUACCUUUGGGUUGCUUGCGAUGAUUAUGUGUCCUCCACCUAUAAGCCUGCUCGUUGUGGCUCGUCUCAGUGCUCGCUUGCCAAUGCCGAAUGUGGGUUCUGCCCUGCACCCACACCAUAUCCAGGAUGCAAUGUUAACACUUGUAAUAUCCAAAUCUCCAAUCCUUUUACCGACCAAAUCACACCGGCCGAGUUAUCCCAAGACGUCGUCUCUAUCAAAUCCACCGACGGCUCUAAUCCUGGUAGGAGUGUCUCUGUCCAUAACUUCCUAUUCUCUUGCAGCUUUGCACUUCUUGGAAACAUGGCAAUGGGUGUCAAAGGCAUGGUUGGUUUGGGAAGGAACAAAAUUGGACUCCCUUCUCAAUUUGCCUCUGCUUUUGGCUUUAAUGACAAGUUUGCCAUUUGUUUAAGCCCUUCAACUACAUCUAAUGGGUUCAUUUUCUUUGGAGAUGGUCCUUAUAACUUUCUUCCUAACAAGAUUGAUAUCUCCAGGUCUCUUACUUAUACUCCACUCAUCAAAAACCCUACGAGGAACGACGGCUACCUUGUUGGUAAGUUGUACGCGGAAUACUUCAUUGGAGUGAAGUCUAUCAAGAUCAAUGACAAAGUUGUUCCUUUAAAUACUUCAUUGCUAACAAUAAAUAAGUGGGGCAUGUGGGGAACAAGAAUUAGCACCGUCCAUCCUUACACGCUCUUGGAAACCUCAAUAUACAAAGCUUUCGUCAAUGAAUUUGUGAAAGCAAUGGGUAAGGUUCCGAGAGUAGCACCUAUCAAACCGUUCGAGGCUUGCUUUAACUCGAGCCAUAUCGACCGGACACGAUAUGGCCCGGCUGUGCCUCUCAUUGAUCUUGUGUUGAAGAAGAGCAAUGAUGCGUAUUGGAGGAUAUUUGGAUCUAACUCGAUGGUUGAGGUUGCGAAGGACGUGUUGUGUCUUGGAUUUGUUGAUGCGGGUGAGUAUGAACCCAGUUCCAUCGUGAUCGGAGGACAUCAAUUGGAAGACAACCUUGUUCAGUUUGAUAUAGCUUCCAACAGGGUUGGAUUUAGCUCUUCUUUGCUUUCCAAGCAAACUAGUUGCUCCAACUUCAACUUUACAAGUAUUUAAGUAAACUUUUGCUUAAAACACAUGGUAGCAAUGUAUUUGUUUUUGGUUAGGUUUCUAACGGUUUGAUUUCAAUAAGGAUAUGUUGUCUCUGCAUUGACAUGUGAUGAUUGGUGUUAUUUAUCAUUAACGUUGACAAAGUCACUGUUUAUUCGGAUAAAGAUUCGAGUUUGAAUG